AAGUGGCUGUCGCCAUUCGGGGCGGGCCGUUGCCCCGCUGCGGCCCCGCCUUCGACCGAUGUUCCAUCCCUUUUCAGUGAACACAUCGUCGCAUCUGUAGCAUAUCGAGUAUUCACUAAGUCAUCAAACAGCUAUCUCUAUCCAACAUCACAAUGUCGAUGAAGAGGAAGAGCUUUUUUGUUAAGCUAAUGAAGCUUGUCGGCAAAGGAAAUCAAGUCCAAUCCUCAAAACCAUGCUUGGCGCAGAUCUAUGAGGAAAGGAAAAAACAGCGACAGCGAACCUCACUCUCAUCGCUUCGAUCUCACAUCGAACCCAUGCCGACAAUCAUGGAGGAGGACGAGUCUCCAUUCAGCACGCUCGAGGAUUUCUCACGAUUCUAAGUCAACCAGUCUACGGUCAUAUCCUCUAGUCUUAGAAAAGCCUUCGCUGCCCUCCUAGCUCCCUUCCUCAUCUACUGCGAUACUAUCGAAUUUCUAGAAAUAUACGAGGUAUCGCAUAACAAUGCUUCACCGUAUAGUAGUGAAGCUGCUCUAUGAAACGUCUCUUGAAUAUUUUCCUCCUCCUAUUUUCCUUUCCCCUCUGGAAAAAAAUUGACGAAUGCUAACUCCUUGGCGUUCUUUAUUUUUAUUUGCCUUUCGGGUGUUUUGUUUUCUCGGUUUUCUCCUCAUGUUUCCAAAGUUUGCUUAUGUCAUAGUUGAUCUUCUCCAUGUAAACAGAUUUGAUAUUUGUUGCCUUCUUUUUUCUUUACUCAUAUUACGGGUCCAACUAUGAGC